AUGGAAGUUAUUCCCAUAGAUAGAACUGAAUUACGUUUACAGUGUGAAAGGGUCAUGGAAGAUACAACUCAGAUUGCGUUGGUAGCCAUCUGUUCUCUUGGUGCAGUCAUGGGUUUGGUAAUGGGAAGUGUUGUUUGCUCCUGGUGUUUUGGUAAAAAGAAAAAUGAAGAUGAUAGUGAGGAAGAGGCUCUGGCCAGAAAAAUCAAAGGUGGCAGCUCUUUAGAUGAAGAGUCGAAUGAUCCGAGACUUAAAUUUGACAAUACUUCAGGACGAGGUCCUGGUUCACCUGCAAUUACUCGAAAAACUAUCAAGUUAGUUUAA